AUGCGCUCCUUGUCCAUCACCAGCAGGCUGGUGGCUUCCGCCGUGUGCCGUUCCAGGAACGUGCACGACAGCUGCAGCACUUCCGCCAGCGUGAUUGUGUCUUUGGGAGAGAGAGUGUGUGGUGUGUCGCGGUGUGUCGUGGUGCGUCGUGGUGUGUGUGUUGUGUGUGUGUGUGUCAGAUACUGCUCACGUGGGGCGUGGGGUGGUGGGUCGGGCAGCCCCAAGAGCAUCCGCAAGCAGGUGUCGAAGGUGGUGCCGGUGGACGCGGUCGUCGAGGACGUGUUUGGCCACGAUUACGCCUCGCAGGGGCUCAAAUGCUACACGCCUGGCGCUGGUCUUUACAUUCCUGAAUUGGUGUACGAGCUGCCUUUGAAAGAAGAGAAGGACUCGACGCAAGAGAUGGCCACGGAAAGCGACAAGAAAGCGCUGGUGUUCUGCGAUCUCGUCACCAACGUCGCCGAGGGUCCUUUCAACGUGCGAAUUCUGGGCAUCGUCACCGGGGGCAACAACCCCGUCGUUCCCUGGAUGCCGCGGUACUUCUUUGUGCGGGACAAGGCGCAGACAAAGCGAUUCUUGGAGGCGCUCGGUCGGCGAGACGACAUCGGGCUGCUGGUGAUGGCGCAUGGCGAACCGGUCAAGUGCGGACCCGACGAGAUGAAGCGCCACUUGGCCAACCUGGCCGCCCAAUUCUGA